AUGCGUCGCGCCGGCCAGCGCCGGCACUUUGCCGGCCACAGUAAGUGGGCCAACAUUCGCAAGAAAAAGGGCGGCUUGGACGCGGCGCGCGGCGACCUCUUCGCCAAGCUGAGCCGCAACGUCGAGGUGGCGAGCCGCGUGGCGAAGGGCGACCGGUCGAGCAUCGGCCUCGCGAGCGCGAUCUCGCGCGCCAAGGACCAGCGCCUGCCGAAGAAGACGCUCGAGGCCGCGAUCGCGCGCGGCGCCGAGGGCAAGGCCGCCGGCGCCGACGUCGAGCAGCUGACGUACGAGGGCACGCUGCCCGGCGGCGUCGGCGUCGUCGUCGACGCGCUGACGGACAACAAGAACCGCACGGCCAACGACGUGCGGUCCAUCUUCAAGAAGCACGGCGGCGCGCUCGGCGCGCGGAACUCCGUCGCCUGGGCCUGGGCGCGCGUCGGCGAGCUCCGCGUCGAGGCCGCCGCGCGCGACGGCGACGGCGCGCCGGCGGCCGCCUUGGACGCGGCGGCCUACGAGGCCCUCUUCGACGCGGCGCUCGAGGCCGGCGCGGACGACGUCGACGACUUUUCGCCGGGCGGCGCCGAGGUCCUCGUGCGGAGCGACCCGGCGUCGGCGGCGGCCGUGCGCGACGCGCUCGCCGCCGCGGGCCUCCACGUCGCGGCGACGGAGCUCGUCUGGCGGCCGGCGACGGACGUCGACGUCGGCGACGCGGACGCCGUCGGCGGCGCGCUCCUCGCGCUCGAGGACCACCCCGACGUCGCCGCGGUCUUCUCCAACGCGAAGUUCCCCGACGCGUAA